UACUAAUAAUGACGAAUUAUUAAUUAAUCAUUGCUUUUGGUCUUCUCCUAGAGAACGUGCACAUUUAUGCCUUUCCAUAUCUAUGCCUUUUACAGACGUUCUCUGAAUUGAAGACCACACUCUAGUUACCAUGAUGGAUUCAAUCCUGGAUCGUGUAGCUAAAGACUGUGGUAGACGGAAUAGCUCGAGUCCAUCCACUAGUGGGGACAUCUUUGAGCCUUCGUCAAGUAGUAAUGCUAAGCUACGGGCAACUUUGGUAGUGUGGAUAAACGGCCUUCUUCCUUCCUUAUGUUUGCCAGUAAAUGCUUCUGACGAGGAGUUACAAUCAUACUUGGUUGAUGGUACUAUCUUGUGUCAAUUGUUGAACAAGUUGAAACCAGGUUUUAUACCAGAGGUAUUUGGUGGUUCAGGCCUUUCUUCAUCGUUAGGCUCAGAAAAUGUAAAACGGUUUCUGUCAGCUAUGGAUAAAAUGGGCUUGCCAAGGUUUCAAGCAUCAGAUUUAGAAAAGGGGUUCAUGAAAAUUGUUCUGGAGUGCCUUUUGACACUUCGAGGAGAAUUUAUGCCGGAUGUUGGAGGAUAUGGUUCGACCACACCAUUAUCUCGCAAAUCUGGUUCUGAUGUAGCUCACAGACAAGAACUGUCGAGUACUCAUUCUUCCCCAUCCUCAGCAGAAGGGAGACGAAAGAUAGGAUCAGAUUCAAAGUUCCAGCGUGCUUUGAGAAGGCCCGUGAUGGCAGAGCCAUCAGCUGCAUUACUACAUCACGUUGGACACAAGUUCCAUGAAGUAUUUCAGCUUAAACAAGGGGGCUAUGCUGAUCUUCCCCCCUCAAAGAUUUCCGAAAUGAUGAAAUCUAACAGCUUGGAUAUUGCCCCAACACAGUCACUUCUAAGUGUUGUGAAUGAGAUUCUUGAUGAAAGCAUUGAGCGGAAGAAUGGAGAGAUACCUCAUCGUGUAGCAUGCUUGUUGAGAAAAGUAGUGCAAGAAAUUGAGCGGCGAAUCUCUACUCAAGCUGAACAUCUUAGAACGCAAAACAAUCUAUUCAAGACUCGUGAGGAGAAAUACCAGUCACGGAUCCGAGUCCUGGAAGCCCUUGCAACUGGGACUAGUGAAGAGACGCAGAUUGUCAUGAACCAACUUCAGCAGAUUAAGAGUGUAAAAAUCAAAAUGGAUGCGGAAAAGAGAAAUGAGGAUCAGGAUGUGGUUAGAUUGAUGAAGGAGAAGGAUGAUCAUAGUCAAGAGAUCGCAGCUUUGAAGCAAGAACUAGAAAUAGCUAAGAAAGCACAUGAAGAACGCUGCCUUGAAAUGGAAAAAGAGGCCAGAAAUACUCAACAAAAGCUUGAGGAGAGGUUGAAAGACGUUGAGAUCCUUUUAAAAGAAUCACAACACAGAGCAAAAGAACUCGAGACAUUUUCUGAAUCAAAAUCACUGAAGUGGAGCAAGAAGGAGAAUGUGUACCAAAUAUUUACAGAAUUCCAGCUUGGUGCAUUACGUGAACUGAAGUUUGCUUCUCAGUCAAUAAAGCAAGAAGUAGUGAAAACACAACGGAGCUAUGCAGAGGAAUUCAAUCAAUUAGGUGUAAAAUUUAGAGCACUAGACCAUGCAGCUGCAAACUACUCUGUCGUCCUUGCUGAGAAUCGCAAACUACACAAUGAGCUGCAGGAGUUAAAAGGAAAUAUUAGAGUGUAUUGUCGGAUAAGGCCAUUCCUUCGUGGACAAAAGGAGAAACAGACAGUGAUAGAAUAUAUCGGAGAAAAUGGGGAGCUAGUUGUUGUAAAUCCUUCCAAACAAGGGAAAGAAGGCCGUAGGUCUUUCAAGUUCAAUACAGUCUACAGUCCAGCUUCAGCACAAGCUCAAGUGUAUUCAGAUAUUCAGCCCUUGGUACAGUCUGUGCUGGAUGGUUAUAAUGUAUGUAUAUUUGCCUAUGGACAAACUGGCUCGGGAAAAACGUACACCAUGACUGGUCCCGAUGGAGCAAGUGAGGAGGAUUGGGGAGUCAAUUAUCGAGCUUUGAAUGAUCUUUUCAGAAUUUCCCAAAUGAGAGAGAGCACUUUCAAGUAUGAAAUCAAAGUUCAAAUGAUGGAAAUAUAUAAUGAACAAGUUCGUGACUUACUGUCAAGUGAUGGUUCUCAAAAAAGACUUGGGAUUCUAUCUACCUCUCAAGCCAAUGGGUUAGCUGUCCCAGAAGCAAGCAUGUUCCCUGUCAAUGGAACCGCUGAUGUCUUAGAUUUAAUGGAUACGGGAUUGAGAAAUCGAGCAAAAGGUUCCACUGCCAUGAAUGAAAGAAGUAGUCGAUCACACAGUAUUGUAACUAUCCAUGUCCAAGGGAAGGAUAUAAAGAGUGGCUCAUCAAUGCAUAGUAGUCUUCAUUUGGUGGAUCUUGCUGGAAGUGAAAGGGUAGAUCGCUCCGAGGUGACAGGAGAUAGAUUAAAAGAGGCACAACAUAUAAAUAAGUCAUUAUCUGCUUUAGGAGAUGUCAUAUCUGCUUUGGCACAAAAGAAUGCUCACAUUCCAUACAGAAACAGCAAGCUCACUCAAGUCCUUCAGGCUUCAUUAGGUGGUCAGGCAAAGACACUUAUGUUUGUGCAGCUUAACCCUGAAAUUGGUUCAUAUUCAGAAACCAUGAGCACAUUAAAGUUUGCUGAAAGAGCAUCUGGAGUAGAGCUAGGUGCUGCUCGAAGUAGCAAGGAUGGCAGAGAUAUCAGAGAAUUGAUGGAGCAGGUCGCGUCUCUCAAGGAUACAAUAGCUAAGAAAGAUGAGGAGAUUGAGCAACUACAGCUGCUCAAAGUUCAAAAGAAUGUUUCUCCAGAAGCCAAUGGUGAGAAACGCAGUCCAAGCUCAUUCAGCGACGCAGAUAAUGAGGAAAGACUAAGUGAUAUGCUAUCUGAUAGUGGUCUUUCUGUGGGCACAGAAACUGAUGAAUGUGCUGAAAGUGCCAAUCCUUUCCCUGAAGGAUACAAACGACCAGAGAACACAAAUAAACACAAAACUGCACAUAAGAUUCCUAGACCUCCACAAAAAUCAGAGAGGGAUUCUCCAAAAGCCUCAAACGGUCUGCGGAAGUCGACCAGUGCAGCCAAUAUGUUGGCUAAAUCUACCAAAGGUGGCAGUAGGUGGCAGUAAUAUGAUGUAGCAGUUGUGCUUAUCAAAUUCCCUUCUUUCUUGUGCAGCCCCUUAAUCGGCAUUUGCACUUUCAUGAAGUUUUCCCUACACUUCUCAACUGUACAGAUUCUUUUCAUUAACCAGGGAGUCCCUCUUAGAGUCUAGGACUAUACAUGACCUUUUGCUAUUUUUCUUCUCUUUUAUAUGGAAAUGCAGGGGGGA